CUACCUACAAACUUUGAUCCCGCCCCGUCUUGUUUCUAAGGAAACAGAAAACAUCUGCCCGGGCUUAUCGAAUAGUGAGAAUUGACGGCGUUCUAUUGGUCUAAUAGAGCAUCGCUAUGUCAAGGCAGGAUGGAAAUUUUCAAGUGCCGUUGGGUACUGGUUUCUGGAACAGUCCAAAACCAACUCAGUACAGCAAAGAAACUCAGGACCUGUUGAAAGUGAUGAUGCAGGAAUCCAAGCUGACAAACUUCCAGCAGCGUCAGAUAAGAGAUCAUUUACAGAAUGGGGAUACACUGCCAGUUCUAUGUCAUCCCAGCUCCAGCAUUGCCCAACAUAAACCUCCGACCUCUAAAUCUGCACCAAAGAAAAAAAACAUAACAAAUGCUGGAUCAGGACUACGUCCUGCAGAGAAAUGCAGAGCCGGGGAUGCUUACAGCAGAGAGAAAUUUCAACCCCGACCAACCCGAGACCUGAACAAGGAAAAGAGACGGUUACAAAACAUUAUGGCCACAGGAAAGGAUCUGCCAGAAGUCCCCCAAGCAGCUCUACCAAUAGAGGAGACUGAAACAGAGGAACAGGACAGAUUUGAUGAGUUGGUAGCAGAAAUCCAGGAGAGAUGGGAUUUCUUGAAAGAAAUGGAAGCUUUGGGUCGAGGAAAACAAUAUUACAACAUUAUUAACACAGAAAUUUCACAGAAGUUGCGAGAGAUGGAAAUGAUUGAUAAGCAGAGAAGUGUUGCGCUCAGAGAAGCACUGCACAAGUCAGAAAACAAGAACUUCCCUCCAACAAAAGAAAAUUAAACUCCUUCUUGGCCCACUGCGAACUUUUACAAACUGUUGAAGAACUUAGGGCCAGAUUCAGGUAGAAGUGAGGCGGCGUAACG